UAGGGAAAUUGCUUAAAAGCAGUUUGUUUUGCUGGUUGGCCGGCACAAAACUCGAUGGUUGCUGACGUCAAAUCUUUGGUUGAGUUGUGGGAACAAACGGAAAUCGCAAGCUUGGAGAAGUCUAGUGUUUUGGUUUGCAAUGAUGGUGUUACGGCCUGUGGGUUUUUUGCAGCACUGGGCUUUGUGCUUGAGAAAAUAAAACUUGAACAGAGGUUUGACGUGGUCAUGGCUGUCCGUUGCAUUCGGAAUGUGCGACCCGGAUUCAUUACAGGAAUCGAUCAAUUCGAGAUGUUGUACAAAUUUGCAUAUUUAGAAAAGUUUGACACCUACGGUAAUUUCAAAUAAUUAAUGUAUGAAUAGUUUAAAUUGCUC